GUCGAGUCGUCAAAAUGGAAGAGGGAAAAAAGAAAAGAAAAGAAAAAGAAAGAUGGCGGGUGUUUGUAGUCGACAUUGGGGGAAAAUACCCCGAAUGGCAGCAGUGGCUGGAUGGCAUAUCACAAAGAACAUUAGAUGUCUUGCUACAAGUCCAGUAUUACACAAGCAGCUGGCCGAGAAGGAGCUGCAGGAAGAUGUGGAGGUGGUGGAGAAGAAAGGCUGGUUUAAAAACCUGCUGCGAGUUCGCACAAUCCCCACGUCGUCGGAAUCGCACUCCAGUCAGCUGUCGGACAAGGAAGUCGUCUACGAAAUACAGUUUCAUGCUGUGAAGCCAGAAUAUAUGGAAGAUUAUCUCACCCAGUUUGGACAGUUUCAGGAGCUGCUAAAAGUGAAAGACACGGGGGCGGAGCUUAUUGGCAGUUUUACAGUUGAGAUUGGUGAACAGGAUGAGGCCAUUCAUAUCUGGGAGUUCAAGGGAGGCUAUCCAAUGCUUAACCGAGCUACAGAAAUUUACAGAAUGGAUCAGGAUUUUAUACAAUUUCGACGAAGUCGUAACAAGAUGUUGAGAUACAGACGGAAUCAGAUAUUAUUACCAUUUAGUUUCUGGCCAGAACCAACCCCGAGACCACCUACCAACAUAUAUGAACUCAGAAGCUACUUGUUAAAGCCAGGAACUAUGAUUGAGUGGGGUAAUAAUUGGGCUCGUGGAAUUCAGCAGCGUCAAACAAACAAUGAGCCAGUGGCAGGUUUUUUCUCACAGAUGGGGCAGGUCAAUGUGGCACAUCACAUAUGGGGUUAUAAAGAUCUGCAGACACGAAAGGAAACGAGGGAGGCUGCGUGGCAGAGACCAGGCUGGGACGAGUGUGUGGCGUACACUGUGCCUCUGAUUCGACACAUGGAGUCAAAGAUUCUGAUCCCGACACCGUUUUCUCCAUUACAGUAGCAGGAAGUGCCAAACCCAGUAGUCAUGACAACAAACUUUGUUUCAAAGUGCACCAUCUUGUGUGGAAAGUGUACUAUGUUACAUAGAAAAUUGUACUAUGUUACAUAGAAAAGUAUUCUGUAUUACACAGAAAAUGUACUGCAUUAUACAGAAAAAGUACUGCAUUACAUAGACAGUAUGCAGCAUUACAUAGAAAGUGUGAAGUGGUAAAAAGUUAUAUUGUUUAUAUUGCUGUGAGCAGACAACAGUAUAUAUAGAGUCCAUGCCUAUAAAACUUAAACAUCAGACACAAUACGUUAACAAAGUCUCCAAACUUAGACUAUGCUUUUUGUAUAGGCGAGAUUAUGAUAUUUACAAAAUGUUACUGACAGGGAGAUGAUAGAUUAAGCAUUGACAUUUUGUAAAUGUUUAAUUUAUUACAUCCCUGUUAGGUCUGCUAUAAAGGAGAUUAUGAUUGCCUUGAGUCUAGAUUUAAGUUUCAUAAGCAUGGGGCAUUGUAUGUUAUAUAUUUAUGUUGAUAUUUAUGUUCUCAAACCAGUAAUAUGUGCAAGUCUGUAUUUUGCUGUUAUUUAUGUGAAAUGUAUUCAUUUUAGGGCAGUUCUAGAAUUGAUGGCAUGAGUGUGGGGGUAUUUCUUUGUAUACCCACCACCCAACAAAUAAAUUUAAUUUAAACCAUUUAUCCACAGAGAAAACUUCCCAGCAGACCUACUGGGCACAAAAUGAUAAUUAUGAUGCCUGUCUCCCCCUAGUGAUCAUUUCUGGAUCGUCCCUUGGCCCUGUGUGGAGAUUACCCUGGUUUGUUUGACACAGUCUUCAAUAAAAUACACUGAUCAACAAAUGAAAUGCCAAUACUAAUUUAGUUUUCUUUAAUUUAUUCAAAAUUAUUUUGUUUGAAUCUCAUUAAUUUUUGUGUAUUUACCAAAUUAAUGUUAUCUUAAAAAAAAAAUAUAUUUAUAUUAAUAAGGAUUGUCUGUUAUU